AUGCAGCUGGGUGAGAUCCGGGUCGAGGGGUUCUUGGGGGGAAGAUACAGGGGGGAUAACCGGGAGUCGGAGCGUACGAUUAGCUGCAAGGCCAUGGGCGGCUACGGCGCAUCCGUGAAAAGGUACUCCCUCACAACAGCAAAUCCCUCCCGCAUGCAGCGGAAUUCGGCAUGCAGGAUUGUCGAGGAAAUGGGCUAG